UAUACCUGUGUAGCAGUACCACCUGCCAGUGUCCAUCAGUGCCAGCUGUCAGUGCUCAUCCAUGCCACCUGCCAGUGCCCAUCCGUGCCACAUCAAUGCCACAUAUCAGUGCCUACCAGUGCACAUCAAUGUCACAUAUCAGUGCCCAUCUGAGCUACCUUUCAGUGUCACCCACCAGUGCCAGUCAGUGCCACCUAUCAGUGCCAGUCAGUGCCGCCUAUCAGUGCCAUGCCUCAUCAGUGCCACCUAUCAGUGUCCAUCAGUGCAACCUAUCAGUGCCCAUCACUCCAGCCUCAUUAGCGCACAUCAGUGAAGGAGAAAAAUCACUUAUUUACAAAAUGUUAUAA